GUACGUCCGCACGAAGCUGACGAUCUUCUUGCAGUCCCCGCACUCGUUGACAGCCCGGAGCACGGCCCUGAAGGCCCUCCUGAUAGCCCGGCCCGGCCCAAAGUCCGUUACCUUGGGCUUGCGGCAGUAGAUGCACCCGAUGAGGUUGCCGUCCUCAUACAGGUAGUUCUUCCGGACGAACCAGGGGCCGCCCGAGAAGACAGCGUAGUCGAUGGAAGGCAGCUCCGCUGUCCACCGGGGGUCGGCUCUGUCGAGGUGCAAGUCGAAAUUGCCCGUAGCGGUGCCGUUGACUAUGAGCUCGGUGGCAGCGAAGAGGAACUGCGACCAGAAUACGUUCAGAGCAGAGCACAGGAUGCGGAGCAGAGCCGAGUUUCAGAGGCUGCACAGAGUGAAGAUCCGGUACACGUGCCCGUUGGUCCGGUGACGAGAGCUAGAGCCAAGACGUUCAAGGCUAAUUUAAUGGCGUUAGUGGAAGAAAUCUGGAGGCAAGAGCUGAAAAGACCAAUUGGAGAAGGACCGACAGAUCAGAGUUCAAAGGUAGUAAACCUUAUUGCUUACAGAGCAGAGUCGCACAGUAGAGCCGAACCGCCAGAGCAGACUCGAUUCCUCUGCGCUUCGUUAGAGCAGCGAAAUCAUUUCGCCCGGGAAACCACGAUUCCUCUGGCUUUUGCCAGAGCAGCGGAAUUGACCCGCCCGAGAAGACUCGAUCCCUCUGGCCUCGCCAGAGCAGCGGGAUCGUUCCACCCGAGAAGAAUCGACUGUGCAGAGAAUUCACGUCGAGUCUGCCUGAGCAGCGAAUUCACGUCGAGUCUGCCCGAGCAGAGAAAUCAAGUGGAGCCUGCCCGAGCAGAGAAAUCAAGUGGAGCCUGUCCGAGCAGAGAAUUUAAGUGGAGUCUGCCCGAGCAGAUUCAACCAGCCAGAGAAAACUUGAUUCCUCUGGCUUUGCCAGAGCAGACUUGAUUCCAAUGCGUUUUUCAGAGGAGGCCUCGCUGGGGUCUCUUUUGACUUGCUGAACAAGUUCCGUUAUUUCUUUAAUUUCUGUUUAUUUCCUUUUUACGUAGGGUUUUCCGUUCCCUAUAAAUAGGGCUGUUAUGUGUUGGAAAAGUUAGACAAUUUUGAUAUUAAAAAAAACGGUGAGUUUAAUUC